AUGCUGAAAAUAGUAAACACUGAUCAGAGUGAGAAUGCAGAACAAGUGAAACCCACCCUACUUUGGAGUGUCUUCUACAUCCAGGAGCUUAUUAUGGGGUCAUGCGAAUCAGUUCCAAUGCCAGAUGGGAAUCUGAACUACAUUGAUGUUUUAGAUGAGGCAAUGAAGCUAUUUCAGAAGAUGUAUCCUCUUGAAGAAUUCUUCCCAGAGACUGCCCAGUCCGACAAGCUUGAGGAUGAGGUUGAGCUUGAUGUAGAGCUCUAUGUGAAGAAGGGAGGCGUGGCUGCAAGCAAGACAUUGACUAAGAGAGCGAAGUCCGCUAAGGAUCCUAAUAAGCCAAAGAGGCCUGCUAACCGCCUUUGUUUUCAUGUGGAUGGUGGAAACGCCUCUGGUGAAAAGGAGUUUGAAAACUCGAGGUCUGAGGUGAAUGAUGCCGAUGAGGAGGGCACUGGAGAGGAAGAGGAUGAUUAUGAAUGA